AUGCUAUACGGCAAGAUCCGAAACAUGGUGCAGGGCAAUAUCGCAACACGUCUACCUACUAAGGUGCCUUGGCCAUUCAGAGACUUAUUGACUUUGGUAUGGCCAAACAGUCUUCCGCCCUGGCGUAUUGAAAUGAAUCCAAGUAUCUCUCGACAGAUUAAUCGGUUGCCUUUUUGGUUUUUGCUUGGAUGCCGGUUCACCUUUCGUCUUGCUUGGGACUACUCCGUACGUAUAUGCUCAAACAAAACAAUGGUCCUCAACCUAUUAUUCCUCAAGCAUAAAGAAUCAUCAGCCUUACGGAAAUAUGAAAGGCUACAGGCCGCUAUCAGUGAACUAUCGGAUUUCCUGUAUAUCCAUAUACAAUGUAGACAUCGACAUCAAACUCAGUUCAAUACCAGUCGCUUAUAA